CCAUCUUGUGGUCGUUCAGCUACAUGACACGUAACCACUUCCUGUAAAAACUGAAGGGUGUGACGAGGCGGAAGUAGCGUCCUGUGGAAGGUGCUGGUAUUUUUCCUUCGCUGAGCAGUUGGACUGAUUUUUUUUGUCGCUCAACAUGCCGGCGUAUCACUCAAACCUGAUGGCCUCCGACACCCGGCUGGUGGGGAACAUGGCUCUGCUUUCCCUCAAAACUCAGUUUAAGGGACCGGCCAGAGGAGACGGCAUUGAUUCAGACAUCAUUGAUGAGGCAAUCUACUACUUUAAAGCCAAUGUUUUCUUUAAGAACUAUGAAAUCAAGAAUGAGGCAGAUAGGACAUUGAUCUACGUCACGCUCUACAUUUCAGAGUGCCUAAAAAAGCUUCAGAAGUGCAGCUCCCGGAGUCAGGGGGAGAAGGAGAUGUACACUCUGGGAAUCACUAACUUCCCUAUCCCUGGAGAACCUGGCUUCCCUCUUAACGCUAUGUACGUUAAGCCUGCGAACAAGCAGGAGGAAGAGACCAUGAGGGCGUAUCUCCAGCAGAUCCGCCAGGAGACCGGUUUAAGGCUAUGUGACCGUGUGUUUGAUCCACAGACAGAUAAACCCAGCAAAUGGUGGGUUUGCUUCGUCAAGAAGCAGUUCAUGAACAAAAGUCUGUCAGCACCUGGACAGUGAACACAACCCAGGACCAAUUUCUGUUGUACACAUGCAACAUGGAUGAUUUCGGGGAGGGGAGGGAGUGGGGAGGGACAGGGCGGGGUGAGAAAGGUUUGCUUUUGUGUUGCUAAAUAAAUGAUUUUAUACUCUUAGUUCAAAGAUGUUGUCUGGAUGUAGGUCAUAUUGAGCUGGUGUUUAAUUCAAUAAAGACCUGGGGAGUUCUUGUUGGAA